CUUCUUACAUUGAGUUGGAUCGUGGCUGGGAGGAGGGAGACCUGACCUUCGCUUCAUCACUUACAACACGAGCUGUAUUCUGCUGUACCAACAGCCGAGCGCCACCAACCCCAACUAUCUCCUCAUCUAUAUGAUGAACGGUCGAAGUGUAGUAUUUCUUUUUCGAGUGGACGACAUCUUUGAGAACAUCACGAUGAUAUCAGAACGCCUGCUGAGUACAGGGGAAGUGCAGACGAUAUCAGUGGAGUUUGAGGAGCUUCAGGUUCGUUUUACGGUCAACAUGGACUCUAGAAUUUACGACAUCGACAGGUUGGAAUCCUUCAACGGCUUUACCGGUCCGUUGGUAUUGGGGGCGCUGCCAAACUCGAUGGCAGUAGUCAACCUUGAGGCACGUACUGGGAUGGUGGGCUGCAUUACGAUGAUCAAGGUCAACGGUAACCUUAUUGACCUUCGGAAGUAUGUCGGUGACAUUCGGCGUCGACAAAGCAGUCCCGGGGUUCGGACAGGCUGCCGCCAUUCCUGUGAUCCCAACCCCUGUCUGUUCGGUGGGACGUGUGUGGACAACUGGGAGGAGUACACGUGCGCAUGCGCAGACCCCACGGCACAGAGCGGACAACACUGCGAAAACAAUAUCAACUUGGACGCAGCUACCUUCUUGACGGAAGAUGCGUUCCUCCUUUUCGAAGAAAGUCAAAACUCGGUCCUGCACGCGGGCAUCAGAUUCGGGUUUCGAACAGUUGAAACAGACUUCGUCCUCAUAUAUGCGCAUGACCACGUCAACAACUUCGUGCAGUUUGAGGUGAGGGAUGGGCUCGGGCUGAGCGUCCGCUUCAACUUAGGGGACAAGAUCACAGAGGUUACUGUCAUGGCCACAGGCAUCUCAUCUGGCGAAUGGGUUGAUGUCGUCAUGUCUAGAUCAGAUAACUACCUAAACAUUGCGGCAAACAAGACCACAAAGACCGUCUUCACACCCGUGAAUCUGCUGUCUGACUACGGGCAAAAUCCAUUCCCAGGCUUCAGCGAAAGCAUCAAACCUGAGCGUCCAGUGGCGCCACCUCCCCAACGAACAAGAGUAUAUGUAGGAGGAGUGCCAGCAUCCAUGUCCACAUCACGGCCAGGGUUGCUGGGAUGUAUACGUGGACUUAAAAUUGGCGAAAAUGAUGUCAAAAGCCUCGCAAGUGUAGCCGAGAAAACAGAUGGCGUUACGAGUGGGUGUCAGGGUAAGUGUGACGCCGGCCCAUGCAAUCAUGGUGGCUUGUGUAAGGAACAGUGGACGGCGUUCACAUGCGACUGUAACGACACGUCUUACACAGGUUCAACUUGUAAUGAAGACGUCGGGUCCACGUUCUCGGGAAACACCGUCAUUCACCAUCAUGCCAACCCUACUGUCAACUCCUACAACGCCAGCCUCGCUUUCGUUUCACGCCAAGCUGGUGUGCUGUUCCAUCUGUCUAGCUACAGAUCGUCCAAUGCUGUCAUCAUCAGCCUGCUGUCGACUGGUCAGCUGCAGUUGUUAGUAGACCAUGGAUCAGAGAAGGACACGAUCAACACCAACGGAAGCUUUUCGGAUGGAGUGAGACACUACAUCCGCUUCCAGGGUUCCAGGGAUUCAGUGGCAAUCCAGGUUGACGAUCUUGACGAGAUGACGUCGACGAUACCAGCUCACGUGAUGUUCAAUGAAUUCGACGUCGCCCAGAUUGGUGGGUUUGUCAAAACAGACACGCACGUUCACUUGGAUCACUUCACAAACUUUACAGGUUGUAUGGCAGGGGUUGAAAUCAACGGUUUACGACCAUUGGAGAUUCUGUUCGACUCCAAACUGGACUCGCUGAGGAAUGUAGUCACCAUAUCCGGUCAGGACAACCGGACGACAUGUCCUGGCGUGGCUCCGAGAGACUUGGAUGAAGUGUUCACGUUCCCGCCAUGGAAUGUUGGUCCAGCUGACACGGAAACAUACUCCGCGCAGGCGCAACGGGGCGGUAGUUCUGCAGCAGCUGUCGCAGUGAGUCUGUGCGCCGUGGUGGUUGCGGUGACGAUCGGUGUAGUCUGUAUCGGGCGGAGAUACCGACGGAAGAAGCGCGGAGGAAGAUUUGUCCCUAAAAAGGGAAACGCUGCUGAGAUGGAGAAGUUGAGCAAGCCAGAAGCAGGCUAUAACGAGGCUGAUGGAGAGUAUAGGCCAAAGAACACAUCGACGAUCAAAACUAAUGGUGAAAACAGCGUCAUCAAGGAUGACGACGAAAAACACCAACUGAAGCACUUAACUUUUAAGCGUCUUCCUGCUCUUCGGGACGACCCCGACGAUUCUAGUUCCGACUCGUCACCCGAGAACUGCCGGAAACAUCCGGCCGUGUACGAACUUGACGACAUAGACGAGGUGCCGGAGUUGGAGUGGGAUCCACAAGGAGAAAAGGCGCGGAAACAAGAGGAUGACUACUACGAGGACGACAUCUUGGCCCUACCCGUGGUGAAGGCCAUUCGUGCAGGAGAGAUGUACGACAGACAACAGGGUGGUGGUGGCCAGUAUGUACACCCUCAGAGCCACAGUACCCCUAUAAAGGGAAGAGGGAGGCAGGGGAAUGCAACUGUUGACCAGACGCUACCAGAUCCCCAGGUAAACGAAGAUCAGGAGGGCAAAGGGACCGUCGAAACUCCCAUGAAGAGUUAUGGUCACUCAUUUGUGUAGAAACAUUCUAAAUUUUCCACUUAAUAUCCAACUUGACGUUUUAUCAUGACUAUGUUUUGCAGAAGUGUGUUAACACAUAUUACACAUAGAUAGUUCAUGCACAAGAAAGAGUGUGACUUAGUCGACACGUCUUUUUACAUUCAUUUCUUUAAGUUAACAUUUGUACGCUUCAAACAUUUUUCAGCAAAUUUAUUCAAAAUAAUGUUGCAUUGACAUGAUGAUACUGGAAGCUUUAUCUCCUGUAUGUAUGACAUACGCUUCAGAAACGCAGGAAAUAGCGAUAAUGAAUUUACGUUACUCGUGGUUGUGUAUGAAUAGACUGGAUACCAUCCGGAUAGUAAUUCGCUCCGAUGUUUGUUAUUUAAAUAUAGAGUUGCCCAGACGGUUAGUAGAAGCGAAGUUGGGAGCGAACUACUACCCGGAUAGUACCCAGACUAGUGUUUAACGUCAUCUUUAUUCAAUGCCACAAACAAGUUCUUCGUACAGUGUCUAAUUUGAUCGCAGUAGUAGUAGGGCAAAAGCCAUCUCAUACAAAAAGUUCUUUUUUUGUUUAGAUUUCAGAAAUAUCUCAUGGCAAGUCGACUGUAUGUAGGUCUCUAUGCCAAUAAGGCUAUAUUUACUGCGUGCGUUACAAAUGAUAUUUUGCCUGUGAAUCGAUUUUAGGUAAUCAUGUGUGUUUUAUGAAAGAGUUGUCUGCUUUGUAAUGGCAAAAGGUUUGUUGUUUUACAUUAUUUUUUCUGUGCUUUGCAUGCUGUUGAAUACUUAAAUUCAGUAUUCAUGCAUUUUGCAUCUAAUGAUGUGCCAUGAAAUGGGUUGCAAGAAA